CAACGUACAAGUUGUGGCAACGUUUUGUCAUUUUCUCCGUUUCAGUUCCUAUCCUUUUUUGACCGCCCGAACUUAAACCCUACGAGAAGAAAGUUUCUCUGAGUCCUGUCUGUCUCGCGUGGCAAUUCGCAGGAUCCUGUCGUUUCGGCGUCCCAGGAAUCUCUCCAUUGCAGAUUCUCAAUCUCGCCUCGAACCACUCGAUCCUGUGUUACCCACCGCGCGCCUGACUCCAAGCAAAUCGACUCGGUUCUCGCUGGGUCUCGCCCUCGCUUUCGCUUGCCAAGUCUAUGUUGUACGGACAAUGGCUCCUACCAUGAAGAUUGUGUUCGGGCUGCUGACAUUCGUCACCGUGGGAAUGAUCAUUGGUGCUUUUCUUCAGUUAGCAUUUAUUCGGCAGCUGGAAGACUCAUACGGCACGAAGUUUCCAUCUUUUAAAGGAGCUCGUAAAAUUAAGCAAGAUGGCUAUCUUAGGUUACCCGGAGGCAUUUCAUUUUGGGAUAAUGACAAGGAAGCUGCAAUCUUGCGCCUUGGUUAUGUCAAACCUGAGAUUAUUAGUUGGUCGCCGCGAAUCAUCGUACUACACAACUUUUUAAGCGUGGAGGAAUGUGACUAUCUCAGAGCCAUUGCCCUUCCGAGGCUUCGGGUUUCUACAGUGGUGGAUGCAAAAACAGGGAAGGGAAUCAGGAGUGAAGUUAGGACAAGCUCUGGUAUGUUUCUGAAUCAUGAAGAGAGAAGAUAUCCCAUGGUGCAGGCAAUUGAAAAGCGCAUCUCUGUCUUUUCUCAAGUUCCUGUAGAGAAUGGGGAGCUCAUUCAAGUCUUAAGGUAUGAAAAGAAUCAGUUUUACAAGCCACAUCACGACUACUUCUCUGACACUUUCAACUUGCAGCGCGGUGGUCAGCGAGUAGCCACAGUGCUUAUGUAUCUGAGUGACAAUGUGGAGGGAGGAGAAACUCAUUUUCCUAUGGCUGGAACAGGUGAAUGUAGCUGUGGUGGAAAGAUGGUGAAGGGCUUAUCAGUGAAGCCAGUGAAAGGAGAUGCAGUGCUCUUCUGGAGCAUGGGACUAGAUGGACAAUCGGAUCCAAACAGCGUACAUGGAGGAUGCAAGGUUCUAGCCGGCGAGAAAUGGUCAGCUACUAAGUGGAUGAGGCAAAGAGUUACCUCCUAAAUUGAUUUCUGAGUUUAUUAGAUUUCACCGGGGGUGGAUUUUCUCGCACAUUCGUCACCCCGAUAUAAGCAUCAUAGAUUAACAGGAUAGGAAUGAAGUUCCAUGUAGGUGACAGAUACAAAGUAGACACAGGGAAUAUGAUAAUUCAAUGACGAAGUGUUCUAAAGGUGGCAAAAUGGAUGGGG